CACUACCGCUCCACCGACGACGAGGGAGCGCCCUACUGGACGUCCCACUUCCGCGCCGCCGCGGCCCUCCCCCCGCGGGUGCGCCGCGACCGCAAGCACUGGCGCGCUCUCGACUCCCGCCACGGCCUCGUCCUCUUCGACACCCCUGAGGGUGACGGGCACCUCGUCGUCUCCGACCUCGUCACCGGCGAGCGCUGGAAAAUCGACGGCCACCUCACGUUCCCGGAUGCGUGUAAUGCUGCAGUGCUCUGCGCCAGGGACGGAUGUGACCACCGUGAUUGCCAUGGCGGCCCUUUCCUGGUGGCCUGCGUGGACUCCGUCGUGGCAGGGGACCGGAGGAUAGCCAGCGCCAUGGUCUACUCAUCAGUUACUGGCAAGUGGAUCGACCCGACCUUCCUCGAGCACCCGAAUGUCAUCGAUGGCAGGGGGCACAGUGCUGUGCUGGGAAAUAAGGUCUAUGUCCCCUGUGUGGAGAGUGGCAGUGUCGUGGAGUACAACACGCGUGAGAACAAGCUAUCUGUGAUCAAGGCGCCAUUUGAGGUCCAGCACCACAAGAUUGAGCUCAUGGGGGUGGAGGAUGGAAUGCUGCUGUUUGCGUCUGUGGUGAAGCCUAGGCUCUACCUAUGGUCGAUGGAGGCUGGUCCCAGAGGAGCUGCGGGACGGGCACGAAGCAGGUUCAUCGAGCUCGGGCCGUUGCUCCCUAGUACUGCCCUCGUGGACAACACCGAAGUGUCGGCGGUUGGUUUUGCAGAAGGUGUUGGUGUCAUCUUCAUCAAGACAAGGGUUGGGUUGUACACCAUUCAGCUCAAAUCAGAACAAAGCAAUCAGGUGCACAGAGGGUACAUCAAUAAGGUCAUGCCCUACGUGAGCUUCUACACUGAAGCAUGGGAGCGUUUGCCAGCAUCUGAUGAAGCUUAACGCGCAGUUGUUGAUGCUACAAUGAUAUGACCAAAUGGCGUCAGGACCUGGGUUUACUUUUUCUGCCGAGGAAGAAUUUGAAGUGAACUUGAGCCUCAUUCACUGCCGGUUGUGUUGAACAGUUUGUUUAGUGUGGAUGCGCUUUUGUCCUAUUUGUGCUUGUGCCAUAAACUUGAGUUCGUUCAUUCGUCCGGGUUGGGUGCGGCUCAAACUGUCCGUCAGGAGAAAUUUUAGCGAUCGGUUGACGGUUUUGUGGCAUGAAUUGGUGCAGAUUUCUCCUUCUCUAUCUUUGGCUGUUAGAGACGAUGUUGGUGUCUUGAAAGGUCACUCUCCUGAGAUUUAUGGUGUGGAAUCUCUCUAUUCUAUGCAGUAAGAAAUUUCAGGGAA